CAAGCAAAUGUUAAACUUAGAGAAUAAUACUCACUGUUUCAACAAAAUUGAACAUGAUUUUAUAUUGAAAUUAAGCUACUUACGCUUUCUGUUAUCCUUUGAAAGUGAUACUUAUUUUGAAAUAUUUAUUAUAACAUUAAUUUUUUUAACUGAACUUUUAAAACUAAUUCCCAGUUGUCGAUAUGAAUCGUGGUUGGGAAGGUAUUUUUAUGGAGUAAUUCAAGCAGCUUCUGAUCGAUGACAAAUAGAAAAAGAUAUCAGUUGAUGGGAAAUGAUAAAAAGGCGCCAUCUACAUGUUCAUGCACCGUCCUGACACCUUCAAAUAUUGAUAAUAAUGGCCAAUCAAAAAUGAGAGGAGCACAACCCUGACCAUGCGCAGUGCAGGUCCGUAGUGACAUAUCAUGUGAACCAACUCAGCCGCUACUGGGCCUAACAUGACUCAACUGGCUGUCUCCCCAAGGUGCUGUUCUGCAGGUUUGCCAACUAAUCGAUACUUUCAGCAGCGUGCUGAUAUUGGAUGACCGUUUUGCCAGCCGCGGCCCAGUCCUGGGGUCUUCAGCGUCGGUUUUCAAGGCCUCUGAGAGCCGAGAUGGCCUGUCAUGAAAUACUCCCCGGCUGAACAAAAUAUGACCGAGUCUUUGCCAGGCGAUGAAAUGGAAAGAAUGCUUCAACUCAAAGAGGUACGGUUUCAAGAUAAAUAAGCUGCGAACUUUUCGACAAGCCAUGGCUCUUAGCGUUCAUCUCGAGCAAAAGGAUGCUGAGCUGGACUGGGCUCACGCUGCUGGCUCCUAAGUGGACAUUUUUUUUUCCUUCUCAGGGGGUGCACGGGCAAUUCAGCGAAUCGGCCAGUGCCUGACGCUCACUUCUCGAAUACGUCAGCAGUGUUCCGUCGUGCUGCUCUCCGAUCUCGCGUUGUGAGUUGACACAAGCUGCCCCCCCGAUUGCCAGGGAACGUGGAUCAUGUGAUCAGCAAGUGAGGAUUGAGAUGGUACUGUCUGCCCGCGUUUUUAUUCGGAUGAAACAGCGCAAACAUAGACACUGUGAGUGGAAGCAACCUGCUUUCCGGAGCAAAUCUUCAGGAAAUGAAAUCAACCCCUCUCUUUCUCUGGAGAAGUUGCCGAGGCUUUUGAUAUAAUGCAUUGCCUUUGGACGAAGCCAGGCAACGCUGCGAAAGCACACAGACCGACACCAUCUGGCACAGUGACCACGUGACUCGAUAUUGGAGGGACUUACCCGCAUCUACAAAGGGGGUGCCAAUGUGCACUUCGCAGCAGUACACCGUUCGUAGCCAUGAGAGGGUGGAUCGCACACGGCACACGCAUCCAAUGGGAAUGAAAACCUCUAAAAUGCACGCGCGUGGGCCGCCGUACACCAGGGCACGCAGGAUGAUACGAGGACAAUGUUUAGAUGAAUCAGACCUCGGCUGCGUGCGCGUGCUUGGCUGACGUGCAAGUGUCACGUACAUUGGUGGAAACCACCAAAGGGAGAUUGACCGCAUCACACGGGGGACCUUCGGCGUCAUUAAGAUACGGAUCUCCGCCAUCUUCACAACCAACACGCGGUACACAGGUAUCUCCGUGGAAGAGUUUUGCGGCUGUGUGUUUGUGUGUAUUCACCCGGUCUGUGCCUCCCACUUCAACCGCAUGCAUGCCGCAGAGUGACCGCCACCAACACUCAAUGACACCUCAGGUGUCCCUGCAGUCGCUCUGUGAGCUCUAUGAUCAGCUGUCCGUGGAUAUGGACCAGCUGGACGUGGUUGUCCUCGGAGCUCCCUCUGUAGGCAAGACGGCGCUCAUUGAACAAUACUGCCGGUGUCAGUUUGUCCAAAAACACCGCCCCACCACAAGUGCCUGCAUCUACACCACGGCCGUGGUGGCCAACAACCAGCUCUUCGAGAUGAACCUGAUCGACAUUCCCGUCAUCCCGUACUCCCCUCUAGACUACAGGGCCGGCGACACGACCGCCCCACCCGGGCCCAGCUGGGAAGAGCUGCAGUCCCACGCCAUGGCCAUUGGCACGGCGUCGGCCCUCAUUUUUAUCUACGACAUCACGUCCCAGGAGAGCUUCCAGUACAUUAAGGACCUGCGGCAGCAGAUUCUGGAUUGCUACGAGGCCGAGGGGGGCUUUGAUAUCCCCGUCAUCGUGGCGGGCAACAAGCAAGACUUGCAGAUGCUCUCCAACCUGCCGCGGAGGCACAUAUCGCAGAUAGUCAAGAAAACCUGGAAGUGUCCGUACGUGGAGUGUUCGGCCAAGUACAACUGGCACGUGGGCUCGCUCUUUAAUGAGGCACUCAGGGCUGUAACAAUGGGGAACAGCAACAAGGAAGGUCAGACGAGAUCUCGUAGAUUACCACUGCGUGCCUGGAAACACUGCUCAUGUUCUAUAAUGUAAUCCUGUAAUCCUCACUCAACCAGGAAAAUCAUCGUCCUAAUCACUGAUUCAUGUCAGCACCUCCAUCUUCCAGAGAACGCCCGAGCGGUUUCUUUAUGCCUGGACACGGGUGACACCCUUCCACGUGACAACUCCCUUCUGCGUUUCAAGUUGGACAUCUCUGCCAACCGACAAAACUUGCUGGGGAAGUGUGGAAAGUAUCAGCUGGCCUGUUUACUUGCGUCCCUUCCCUUGUUUUGCCUGUCAGUGUCUGCAAGUCGGCCCCCGGGAUGUUCCGUUUGCGUAGGCGACAGGUGUUAUCUUUAUCCUCCUCGACAUAACGAGUGUCUCCAAGGUGUGACACUUCCCAUUUUCAAGGGAUUCAUCCCGCAGACUGAUACAAAACGGUAAAGGAAUUCCAAGUGCAUGAACUCUUCAGUAAGCCUUAUCGAAAUACUGGUGUGUAAAAGCUGUGCAAUAAUUCAUUGAUAUUUGUCCUGCUUUACUGGACAUUGAAUGACCAAUUCAGUAUGUACUUAAAGAUUACAGUGUAUUAUUUAGGUCUUUGUCCUAUAACCUAAUCAUUAGCGUUUGAAAUAUACCCUUUCAUUCUUUUAAAACCCUGCAAGUUAUAAUAUAUUCCAGCCGAAGUUAACACUUUCAUCAGGUAUGUUGUGCAGAUUGAUACUUCCGUUUUGUCUAAGGUUUCGCUGGUCUACCGGUUUUCAUUUUUGUUUACUAUGUAAUUCAUGAUUACAACAUUUCAUUCGUUCUAGACUGCACGUGUGUUGAAUUCGCCGAGGAUCCCUGUAUUAACCAUAUUCUCGUUCAUAUUGUUGCUUAAGUUAUUGAAUUGAACCUGUAUGAUUUUUUCACGCAUCAAAUUUGGACCCGUAUUGCCUCAGAGUUAAUGAAGUUGGUUUCAGGUGCUGAACUAAAAUUGACGAGCAGGAAGUAACUACUGCCAUCAAACUCUGGGAAAUAGAAUUACGAUUUCUCUUAACCUGUGUCGCUCAACGAAAAUGUGUACCCGUCGGUUUUAGGAAAACCCCAUCAACUUCGAAUUUCUCAUGUCACUGAAUCCUGACUUGUACCUGAGUUCGAGGCUGAGGUCAAAUUCUAUGAUGUGCAGUUUGAGUUGCAGUCCAAUUCAAUCCGAUCUAAUCUAAUCAAUGUUGUGCUUCAAUGGGGUUUUAUCAGCCUUCUAUUUGUCAAGUCCUCACAGGUUCCCACAAAACUUAUCAAAAGUGCGUCACAAGUCAUCCAGUCCCUACUGUCAGGCUGUUGAAACGAAUUCUAUCAAACAGAGUCACUCCUUUUGUCGUCGCUUUUUUUUCUCAGGCAAAACAAUGCGAUUUACUUUGAUCUAACUUUUGACCUUGCAUUUGUAGGAUGAUACUGGGAAUUCAAGUCCUGGUUACGUAACCAUAGAGCAUGUAACGUUGGGCUUGGUGGGCUCAGCUAUCAUGUAACAAAGCGAAUCGUUUUUAUCACCAAUCUGCGCCAUUUUGGCGUGCUGAGCGACCUCGGUUGUUGAAACUCACGUUUUCAAGACCACUUCUGUUUACUGAUGUAUGUAUGCUAAGCCAGCGACAACAAGCACUGUACAUUCCUAUGAAUCCACCAUCACUCAAGGGAAAUGCAGUCGUUAAGCUGAUUUCUAUUGUCGUUUGCAGGUUGAACGUUCAGCCUUGUCUGUAGUGUCCACUCACAAUCCCACAGUAUCACUAAGCUACCAGCAUACAUGAAUAAUUGUACAUAUUUGCAUAUCUGAUGUACAGCAGAUCUCCAUCAAUAUCGCAUUCGUUAUAUUUAUAUAUUUGUAUCAAUCAAUUUUCUUAAUACGAAACAUUUCAGGCGUAUAUUUUCCCUAGCACCUACACGCGGGCAUAAUAAACGACAACGCGUCACAUUAGUCGCUGGCAGAUUUCAGUACAUAUAUAUCAUUCCCGCAGGUUUCAAAAAUCCAGGGAAAAAAGCCCUCAAUAAGCAAAAAUUCAGGCCAAUUUUUCUUUUUCAAUUUGCUGCUGCGUAGUCGACCGUGAUGUCGCCUCGUGCAAGCGUGAACUCGGAACCUUCUUGCGAAAGCGUUAUUUCUGCUCUCUGCAAAUUGGCAAAUCGUCAGAUUUCCCGCAGCCCAUCGACCGGGUCGUAUUCACUCCCCAGUAUUUGCUCUCUCAUCUUUCUGGCUAAAGUCACAGCCUCGAAAUUGGUCAGUUUGAUGAAUAUUCCUUCAAUCCACACCUCUGAGAUGUCUUUAGAUUCAAUCUGCCUGGAGUUCUUCCGUUCCAGUUAUCCAAAUUUGGAUUGAUUCUUUCCCUCUCGCCUGCAAAGCACAAACGAAGGGUCUAGUGUCAACAUUUUUAGGGUGGGGGACAGGCUAGGCAUUGCUUUUCAAUUACAAAGCUGUCGAAAUUCGCUCUUGCCGUAGAUAUUACGGCAAGCCAACCUGAUACAACUUAUUAUAAACAGAUUCCCUAAUAGCCAUACUCUUGGUUAUUCACAUGACGUUCGUAUAAUGCACAAGUCUUGCUCUCUAUGGCUACUAGACUCGAAAGAGCCUGCCGGUGCGCAAACCAAAUCGUGAUUUGCACAUCGGUUGUUGAACUGGUGCUCUGCUCGUAGAGCAUUGUAUGUUCCGUGAAUGGGAGGGUUAUAGUACAGAAACGGGUUUAAAGCCACCAACAGGACUGUCAGCUCAUAUUUCUGUGAAAACUUGAUAAAAUGUAGCCGCUUAUUUUAUAAUGGACUUUACAGGCAUCAGUUUUCAAAAUGCCAAUGGGCUUCAAGACCAUUUUUAGGGGCCAUCGCCUUCGGUUGGAAAUUUCUCCACAUUUCAUUGGUUAAUCCUGCUAACAGUAAAUUAAACAGGAGAUGAAUUAUGAGGAAACAACCUUAAAAUUUUUGUAUGCGUGUAUAAUUUUUUAAUUACUCUGGAAUGCUUAUCAUCGUCAAUUAUGGCAUUUCAUUUAAAGCUGAAAGACUCCUCCGUUCGGACUUAUCGCAGUUAGGCCUAAUCGUUAGAAAUUGACUUCUUUUUUUCAACCUCAAUUUAGAUUCAUUCCAAUCUGUCCGUUUAUUUGCGAGGCAUCGACGUGUUACUUGAAGACCCUUGUUGGCAUUACAUCAUCCAAUUAAACAGACUUAUACGGUGCGAAAUGAAUAAGUCCCCGAAACAAAGAAGCCGCUUUGGAACAGUAUGUUAAUGCGUAUUGCUGGAAAAUAUGCUCUGUGAAUGUUUACUGUGCAAAUACUUGCUGUGCUCACUAAAGUCUGUAUAGACGCUCUUUGAAAGUUAUCAAUGGUGUGAUAAAGACAAAAAUAAUGUGACCACAGCGCAUAUGGUCAUAAGAGUGGGCGGGUUCCCCCAGGGAUAGAAAAUACAAUGAUACAGUGAUCCCACAAAAAAAAAAAACCAGCCAGAGACUCUAGUCAUCUUGUAUGAAGAAUUGUGAUUUAUCAAGGGAAAGUUUAUAAUAUAUACGCCUUUUCAUUGCGAUGCAAAUGGUGCUUAUAAAGUUUUUCUGAUGGUAGCUUGUGUACUGUUAACCCAGCUGAAACCUCCAAAUCCUUCUGGUAGUCUUCGUCCUCGUGAUAUUUAUAAAAAUCAUACCUCAAACAAAACGUAUCUGCAUAGCCCUUUCACACAGAUAGGUCUACUGGUGACUUCUCAAAAUGGCGGCUGACUUACACUCAUUCAGUUCUGUUCGAUGUAGCUUGGCUCCUUGCCAAGUCCCCUAAAGUCACAAUAAAUUGUGGAUGGCUUUUUGUAUCGCAUCAUAAAACGUUUGGGCGCGCGACAUUGAAUUCCCCCCUCCUUGCUUUGACAACAGACCUGCCAGAAUAACUGUUAUAUUUUAUAAACUUCAAUCUCAGGCGACGUUCUCAUGCCCCGCGCGAAGCUAAUUUAUGAACUGUUACCCCGGGACAUGUACAGUGUACGUGCACGUGGGUACCGGCGUGUCCAACCGACAGAUAGUGUGUCAUUUUGCUCCGCAUGUCUCUCCUCUCGCAUGCGAAGAGACUAGAAUGUUUUAUUACCCUUUUUUUCUAGGAAGGGAAAAUCGAAAUGUAUUAUCUGAUGGGGGAUACUACUGCAGACGGCGGUAUUCUGUUAGCAUGUGAAUCGUCGUUUCUUCCCCAGAAAAUUUAGCGUGCGUCAGGUUUAAUUGUUGUUUCGUUCAAAAUGUUAAACAUUAAUUUCACAUGCUAACUGCGUUAGAAUGGCCCUGUAGGUUUUUUAUUGUUCGGUACCGGUACAGCCCGUUAAUGGAGCACACCUCCUACGGGAUUUAAUAUCUUUGUUAUUUCCAUAUGCAGCGUCUGUGGGAAAAGGUUCUACUAUCCAUAUUGUGCUUUGUUCUGUAAUGAAGGCUGAAAAGCCAUGGAAAAAAGCUAUUGCGAUGAUGUAUGUCGACUCAGUGUAUCGCUUGAACUCUUUUCUGUAUCGAUCUGGUAUACCACAAGGACGUAUGAUUGCAUGAACAAAGGACGCCAACCCGACACAAAUUGAAAAAUAAUGUAAAACAAUUCAGAGAUUCAAUUUUUUUAUCAGGGCAUGAAUAAUUCAAUUUCAUUUUUCUGCAGACUAAAAUUAGAUUAGAAAUGGAGGUAAAUUUGACAAGAUGAUUAUUAAAAAGAUUUUUUAAAAGAUCAAGUAGGGAAAAUGUUUCGAAUUGUAUCUUAUUUUGAAGAAAAUAUUUUUUGGAUAUAUAUCUUUAAAAUUAUAAUUCUAUUUAAUAAUAUGUAAAUUACAACAUAUCAGUAAUCUUUUCGUGUUUACAUUUUUCGUUUCAAUGAUUUCAUGAGGCUUGUUAGAAUAGAAUUACAUCAGGCUUCUCGGGCAAAAAGAAGUAUCAAUUUGCCAAUUUCGAAAAUUUGCAUUUAAAUAAAAUCGGAGAAUUUUCUGAAUUUUCUUAUCAUUCUAACUGGCACAACACAGAAA